AUGACGACGACGAUGACAAUGCGCCGGACGGCGGCGGGGGGCGUCCUCCUGCUGGCGCUGCUGCUGCUGUCCACGACGGUGGCCCGGGCCGAGGACCCGUACGUGUUCAUGGAGUGGCACGUGACGUACGGCACCAAGAACAUCGUGGGCACGCCGCAGAAGGUGAUCCUCAUCAACGACGAGUUCCCGGGCCCCCGGAUCAACUGCUCCUCCAACAACAACAUCGUCAUCAACGUCUUCAACCAGCUGGACCAGCCGCUGCUCUUCACCUGGAACGGCAUCCAGCACCGCAAGAACUCGUGGCAGGACGGCCUCCCGGGCACCAACUGCCCCGUCGCCCCCGGCACCAACUACACCUACCACUGGCAGCCCAAGGACCAGAUCGGCACCUUCUUCUACUUCCCCUCCAUCGGCAUGCAGCGCGUCGUCGGCGGCUUCGGCCUCAUCAGCGUCGUCAGCCGCCUGCUCAUCCCGGUCCCCUACGACCCGCCCGCCGACGACCUGCAGGUCCUCAUCGGCGACUGGUUCACCAAGGACCACGCCGUCAUGGCCGGCCUCCUCGACGCCGGCCGCAGCAUCGGCCGCCCCGCGGGCGUGCUCAUCAACGGCAGGGGCGGCAAGGAGGCGGCCAACCCGCCCAUGUUCACCUGGGAGGCCGCCAAGACGUACCAGCUCCGCAUCUGCAACGUCGGCAUCAAGUCGUCGCUCAACUUCCGCAUCCAGGGCCACGACAUGAAGCUCGUCGAGAUGGACGGCUCCCACACGAUACAGGGCCUGUACGAGUCGCUCGACGUGCACGUGGGCCAGUGCAUGUCCGUCCUCGUCGACGCCGACCAGAAGCCCGCGGACUACCUCAUGGUGGCCUCCACCAGGUUCAUGGCCGGCCCCAGCUCCGUCUCCGCCGUCAUCCGCUACGCCGGCUCCAACACCCCGCCGGCGGCUAACGUCCCGGAGCCGCCGGCCGGCUGGGCCUGGUCGAUCAACCAGUGGAGGUCCUUCCGGUGGAACCUGACGGCCAGCGCGGCGCGUCCCAACCCGCAGGGGUCCUACCACUACGGGCAGAUCAACAUCACCCGCACCAUCAAGCUCAUGGUCACCCGCGGCCAUGUCGAGGGCAAGCUCAGGUACGGCUUCAACGGCGUGUCCCACGUGGACGGCGACACACCCCUGAAGCUCGCCGAGUACUUCAACGUCAGCGACCAGGUGUUCCAUUACAACCAAAUGGGCGACGAACCCCCUGCCGUGAACGGCCCCAUGCACGUCGUGCCCAACGUCAUCACCGCCGAGUUCCGCACCUUCAUCGAGGUCGUCUUCGAGAACCCCGAGAAGAGCAUGGACUCCGUCCACAUCGACGGCUACGCCUUCUUCGCCGUCGGGAUGGGGCCGGGGAAGUGGACGGCGGCGGAGAGGAAGACGUACAACCUGCUGGACGCGGUGAGCAGGCACACGAUCCAGGUGUACCCGCGGUCGUGGUCGGCGGUGAUGCUGACGUUCGACAACGCGGGGAUGUGGAACGCGAGGUCGCUGCGCGACGAGUACAACAUGCCAGAGAACGCCCUCCGCUGCGGCAAGGUCGUCGGCCUGCCGCUGCCGCCGUCCUACCUCCCCGCCUGA